UUAGGAAGGGGGCUAUAAAGACACAGAGAAUUGAAAAGAAACGAGCGGCGCUCAUUGUAAAGAAAAGAUGGAGGGUGGUGGCGCGAACUCCAACAAUGCUUCUCCAGUAGAAGUCAGAUGUGGCGCCUCGGAAUUGAGAAUUCCAAUGGCUGCUAGUAUAGCUAGUGGAAGCAGUAAUCUGCCUUUCAAAGAGAUGAUCUGCAAGGGACAAGGUUGCAGACAAACUUCUUUGGUCUCAGGUGUAACUUUUCAGAGAUUUGCAAAGAAGGAUCUAUUGUGGUCAUCUGCUGGGGCUUCCAAGUUUUUGAAAGUUCAGAGAUGUAAUGUCUCCUGUUCUGUAAUUAACGUGAAUUCAAAGCCCCUUGGAACAAUCACUGCAUCUGGUCUGAGAGAUGGAACAACAAAGUAUUUCGACUUUGCUGUGAUUGGUAGUGGAGUUGCUGGACUUCGCUAUGCUCUUGAAGUUGCCAAACAUGGAACUGUUGCAGUGAUUACUAAGGCUGAGCCUCAUGAAAGCAACACAAACUAUGCCCAGGGUGGUGUAAGUGCUGUUUUGUGCCCUCUAGACUCUGUGGAGAAUCACAUGCGGGAUACGAUGGUAGCAGGGGCUUAUCUAUGUGAUGAGGAGACCGUUAGAGUUGUCUGUACUGAAGGACCUGACCGAAUUCGUGAAUUGAUCGCUAUGGGUGCAUCAUUUGAUCACGGAGAGGAUGGAAACUUGCAUCUGGCGAGGGAAGGGGGUCACUCGCACCACAGAAUUGUUCACGCUGCUGAUAUGACCGGGAGAGAAAUUGAGAGGGCGCUUUUGGAAGCGGUUGUCAAUGACCCUAAUAUUUUCAUGUUUGAACACCAUUUUGCAGUAGAUUUGCUGACUUCUCAGGAUGGUUCGGACACAGUUUGUCAUGGCGUUGACACAUUGAAUACUGAAACACAAGAGGCUGUACGGUUUUUUUCGAAGGUCACUUUGCUUGCAUCAGGUGGGGCUGGACAUAUCUAUCCAUCAACCACAAAUCCUCCGGUAGCCACUGGUGAUGGAAUCGCAAUGGCCCAUCGUGCUCAAGCUGUUGUUUCCAACAUGGAAUUUGUUCAGUUCCACCCAACUGCCUUAGCAGACGAAGGCCUUCCCAUCAAACCAUCCAAGACCCGGGAAAAUGCUUUUCUGAUUACCGAAGCUGUGAGAGGUGAUGGAGGAAUCCUCUACAAUCUAAACAUGGAAAGGUUCAUGCCUCUCUAUGACGAGAGGGCAGAACUUGCUCCUAGAGAUGUGGUAGCCAGAAGCAUCGACGAUCAACUCAAGAAACGCAGUGAGAAGUAUGUUCUCCUUGACAUAAGCCACAAACCCAGAGAAAAAAUUCUCUCCCACUUCCCCAACAUAGCCGCUGAGUGCCUCCGGUACGGCCUAGACAUCACCCGCCAACCUAUUCCGGUAGUUCCUGCCGCUCACUACAUGUGUGGCGGAGUUCGUGCCGGGCUCCAGGGGGAGACGAAUGUGCGUGGCUUAUACGUGGCGGGUGAGGUGGCUUGCACUGGCCUCCAUGGAGCUAACCGACUUGCCAGCAAUUCCUUGCUUGAGGCACUUGUUUUCGCUCGAAGAGCAGUGCAACCCUCAAUAGACCACAAGAAGAACACUAAAAUUGAUCUUAAUGAUGAGGAUGUGUGGGGUCGCCCAAUUGUGCCUAUAUCGCUUGGAAGAGAUGCGUUGGAAAAAAUUGUGAAGAACACAAAGGAGGUAAGGAAGGAGUUGCAAUUGAUCAUGUGGGAGUACGUUGGAAUCGUGCGAUCGACUACUAGGCUGAAAACCGCAGAACAAAGGAUUGGGGAGCUGGAGUUGAGAUGGGAAGCCUAUUUGUUUCAGCAUGGGUGGGACCCGACUAUGGUGGGGCUUGAGGCUUGUGAAAUGAGGAACUUAUUUUGCUGUGCUAAGCUUGUGGUUAGCAGUGCCCUAGCUAGGCAUGAGAGUCGUGGACUUCAUUACACUACCGAUUUCCCUAACCUAGAGGAAAGCAAGAGGCUUCCAACGGUUAUCUUCCCUUGUACACGAGUGAAUGGCACCUGGAGUUCACGCCAACUUCACAAGCAACACAAUUGAUGAUUUCGGAAUCUUCAUUCUUCCAUUUCCGAAGUUAGAUUCAGUGAAUAGCCUACAAGAUUGAUGUUUGUUGUGUAGUAUUAGGGUAACCACAGUUUGUUAUAUUUUGAUUCUUGUUCUUGUUCUUUUUUUUUUUUGCUUCAUAAUUCUUGCAACAAAUAAAGAGAGAAAAUGUGUUGCAGAUUUGCAUUCCUGUAUCGAGAUCGAUCAUAAUAUAUAGAUUUGAAGUCCUCUGCUGGGAAUCUUUUUAGCUGUCAA